CUCCCCCCUUGCUGCACUGGCAAAGGUCCCCGCGGCGACGUUCCACUUCAACGAUAUUUUGAGUUGACCUCUGUCAUUAUUUAAUUUAACGCAUGCUAUUAGUCGAAACUGCGCGCCUCUGAAGUAUCGCAGACGAAUUUAAUUGAUCAAAAUUUCCUUACCAAAAUCGCAAGCGUUUGUUACUGUCAGCUAUCAAGUAACAAUCAUCUGUUUACUUAAAGCCAUGCUUAAAGCUAAUUACGUGACUGAGGAAAACUCGCGCAAGUUUAAAGUGAGCCAUGGGGGCCUAAGGAGGGGCCUUCCUCCAUGGCAAUAUAAUAAACGUAAACGGGAUGCAACGAAAUGGACAUCGUCUCUGUGCUGUAGAAUCUAUUAUCUACUCUGCAAAGCCCCCCUCAGGGACGGGACACUGAGAUUAAAAAAAUUGUAUCCAAGCAAAUAUAGGAAACUCUCAAAACACGCACCCCCCGGCCCCCCCUACGUGCUACAACUAUAUGUUGGGCUCAUGCUAGUACAGACUAGCCAGUCUAUAAAAAUGGCUGCGCCCAUGGAUAGGAAGAUGCUUUACAUUCCGAAACAAACCUGUAUUUUGUCGAUAGUUUUGCUUCACUCACUUUCUCUCUGCCACUGCGAGCAAUGUAGCAUUGACGACAACUCGCAUGCAGAGGACAAAUAUUUGGGCAAGGAUAAUUUGUCAGGAAAAACUUCAGGAAAGAAUCCAGUCAUGGGCAUGGCGAUUGCCCGUGCCCAACACGAAAUCGCAUUCGCAGCACAGACGAUCAAAUGCCGUCUCUUGUUGCAACGUUUGAUGAGUGGCGCUUUGAUGAAAAACAGAUUCUCAUGGAAACAUUCCCAGUGGAUAAAGUUGAAGAAAACUAUGUCCGCCAAGUGAAGAAUGCCAUAUUUUCUGAAGUGUAUCCAAUUCCAAUGAAAUCAAUGACACACCUGGUUGCAAUAUCAGAGCCUGCAGCUCGAGACAUCUUGGAUCUUGAGCCAACACAUCUUUGGAAUUCAGAUUUCUUCAAAGCUUUUGUCAGUGGGAAUACUUUUCUGUCAAACUCAGUACCACUUGCCCAUCGUUAUGGAGGCCACCAGUUUGGAUAUUGGUCAGGGCAGCUUGGAGAUGGAAGAGCAGUGAUGCUGGGUGAAUAUCUAAACAGGAAAGGAGAGAGAUGGGAACUGCAGUUGAAAGGUUCUGGCCUGACACCAUACUCAAGACGUGGUGAUGGUCGGGCUGUACUGAGGUCAUCUGUCAGGGAGUUUCUCUGCUCGGAGGCCAUGCAUCACCUGGGCGUUCCGACCUCCAGAGCCCUCGGCCUGUCAGUCAGUUCAGAUCCUGUUUGGAGGGACCAGUUCUACGAUGGCCAUCCCAAACAGGAACAAGCUGCUGUGGUCCUUCGACUAGCUCCCUCCUGGUUCCGUAUAGGUUCCUUGGAAAUCCUCACUGCCAACCAAGAGGUUUCCCUUUUACGACAGUUGACCGACUUUAUAAUCCAGCACUAUUUCCCACAAAUCGAAAGCCUGGACGAUAACCGCUACUUGGCUUUCUUCACUGAAGUAGUCUCUCAGACAGCAGACAUGAUUGCAAACUGGAUGUCAGUUGGCUUUGCUCACGGAGUCAUGAAUACAGACAAUUUCAGCCUCCUGUCGAUAACCAUCGACUAUGGACCCUUUGGCUUUCUUGAGGCUUACACCCCAGACUUUGUCCCAAAUACUUCUGAUGACGAGGCCCGAUACAGCUAUGAGAAGCAGCCGGACGUUGGGUACUUCAACUUGGACAAACUGAGACUGGCUCUACUCCCUUUGGUCGAUGAACACCAAGCCAGGCAGCUGUUUCAGAUUCUUCAAGGCUACGCCGACAUAUACAAAAGACGCUUCAUGGAAUUAUUUCGCAAGAAGUUGGGGCUAUCAGGAGAAGAUCAGCAGGAUGAAUACAUCGUGGCACUUCUGUUAAAGCUGAUGGAAGACACCCAUGCAGAUUUUACAAUGACAUUCCGUCAGUUAGGGAUGCUGUCUGUCAACGACCUCGCCUUGAACAGCAUACAAGAUUCUCUGUGGGCUCUGAAGGAUUUGCAGCAGCACAGCAGGUUUUCAGAGUGGAUAAGAGUCUACACUUCUCGAGCUGGACAUUCUGCCAAAGAGACGCUGAGGAGAGCAAGUCAAAUGAAUGCUGUUAAUCCCAGAUACAUCCUCCGCAAUUGGAUGGCCCAAGAAGCUAUCAGUAAGGCCGAGAAGGGUGACUACUCGGGUGUCAACUUCUUACUGGAUGUCCUCCAAAAUCCCUAUGAGGAACAGGAGGCAGCGGAGACAGCCCAGUAUGCCCAGCAACCCCCAGAGUGGGCCAAAGAUAUACGAGUCAGCUGCUCUAGCUGAUGAUCGGUUGACAGCCGGUCACGUUGACACUGCAGCAGGUGUAUCCCACACACCUCGUAGGAGCACUCUUCAUCAGAGGUACCAGGGUUUCCUGUGGCUGCUCAGGCUUCUUCAAUGCUCUCACAUCCCCACUUCUCAAGUCCUCUGGAGUGUUAAUAUAUGUUAGUUGAGGUCUCCUUCUCGAAGCCGCUGCCUCGUGCUUGCCUCCCCCAUUGUCAUUAUGUACGGUCUGUCAGUUGCCAUGGUUGCACAAAUUUGAAAAGGCUUUUAAUUGAAGGAACACUGUGUGUUUGUAUUUUAGUCGUCCAGCUAUUGGGAAUUGAACCUAACCUUAUUACCUUCAAAAUGUUUAUUCCAUUUUGCUGGAGAUAUUUUCCGUUGGUAUUUAUCGUGAAAUUUCUCACAUUUCCCUGCCUUGCCUGUACAGUCAAUGAUUUCUUGCAUGUGUUAAGUACCUCAAGUAUUUAAACAAAGACAAACCAAGAAACUUCAAAGAUAACACAAAUACAAGUCCAUUUAGGUAUCAGUUUCAAGUACACUUCUCGCAUAUAUAAUGACAUUUACAGAUAUCUGUUCAAAUAAAAACACUAGUUUUCCAUUUACUGUUUGUGAUAAAAUACGGCACAAGCAUUGUGGGAAAACAGCAGAUAAUGAAGCACAGCGAUGAUGCCCCACGACCCAUGUGCUUCUCAUUGUUUUGUUUUGCUUUUGAAGGCAAAUAUUGGCAAAAAGGCUGGUUGUUAUAGGUCAAGUGUUUUCGGGAAGCAUUCAAGCGUGUAGACAAAGUCAUGUGUAACAAGCACAUAGGGGAGCAUUUUUGCAAGCAUGCAUACAGCGUUUAAAUACAGUUCUCUGCUUUGAAGACAAAACAUUGUUUAAGUACACGUAGUAUUAAGCUUAACAGUCCCAGAUCCUCCGAGUUCAAUAUGAUUUUACAUACGCCUAGAAUUGAGUAUAGGCGCAUGUAAAUGGAUGCAAACUGGCAUGUAUUUCUCAUGAUUAAGUAGGCUGUCUUGUCUUCCAUACAUGUAGUUCAUAGUGGAGGGAACCAAAGCUGCGCUUCAAAAGAUCCUCUUUUAGGUAAAGAUAGGUUUCAAAUUUUUUAUCCAAAGCAUGAAGCAUCAGCAUCAUAAAAAUGCCUCACUUUCCAGUUUCAGAAAGGCUUAACCCUUGAAGGAGCUGGCUUUUAUCAUUAUUUAUCAAUCAGAGUUGCCUAAAUGAAAUGAAAAAAGUGCCCCCCUCCCCAGGAUUCGAACCCAGGUCUUGGGAAUAGAAGUUCUGCAGUUUUGGCCACCUGGCCAUCAAUGCUUUGUAAUUCGGUGCUUUAAUUUUAAAUAUACACGUAUGAAAGACUGGUUUGUACUUGGUAUCAAACCAGAAAUUGGAACUUGAACCCUUCGCGUAGUUCUUCGGCUCAGGAGUAUGCCAUGAAACCGCCAAAAUGGCAAGAUAUGAAAACCUGGUUUACAACGGUGUCUCUUUAAACUUGGGGAAGACCAAUAUUCAGACAGUUUGCUUGUGAUGUUGACGACUGCUUGAACUCAGGACCUACAUGUACAGGGCUUCCAGAGCCAUUGAGUCCCAUGCUUUUCAAUUGGAAGAUGCUUUAUGUGUUGAGGUCAUGCAGGUUUGGUUUGUGAAUUUGUCUUGGUGUCCUCGAAAAACCUAAAGGUGAAAAGGUCAAAGGCACUGUUAAAAUGCCUUGUACUGGAGGUCUCUGGUGAAAGACUACGAAAGCUAAAAGAGGCUUUUACCCUCAAAACUCUGGUUUUAUUUCGUUCAUGUUUUACAAUGGGCAGUACAGUCCAUGGUUCAUCUAGAAUACAGAAAUAAUGAAGUGAACAUGACUAUACAAGAAUAGGAACCCUACAAGUACAUGAUCAGUCACGAUGCAUUUGUCUUGUUUCUGACCAUCAUAUUGGGAAAAAAAUAUGUUUUGGAAUACCUAAGUAACAAAGUAGCAAAUGAAAGGUGUGUCUUGGAGGUUGCUAAGCCAUUUUGCUUUCUGGUCCUAUCAACCAAAAUUGAUUAGGACAACUGAUAAUUUACUCAGUGAAACAUGUAAUUACCAUAUUAAUCUGAAACAUUACAAUUUUCUCACAUCCCUUUCCGUUUAAAUUUCUUACAGAUUAAAUAACCCAGGAGGAAUUUCACGGUGGGCCACAAUUUCACUACAUACGUAUGCAUCACACAACCGUUAAUCAAUUAACUUACAUUACUCAUUA